AUGGUUGAGUACAAUGGCAGCUUACCAACUUUUGUGCUAAAUCCAUAUUCAUGGACCAAGGUUGCUAGUGUAAUAUUUGUAGAUUCUCCUGUUGGCACUGGUUUCUUAUAUUCAAGGACACUGCAAAGGUGGUUGCUUAGUCAUACCAGAUUCAUUGCUAAUCCACUCUAUAUCGCUAGUGACUCAUAUUCUGGCGUGGUUGUUCCAAUCAUUGUUCAAAAAAUAUCAGAAGGUACUGAUAAACAUAUCUUUUUGAACACUUCCAUAGCUUCUCUUGAUUACAAAAGUCAUUUAGUUACGAUGCUGCAGGGUUAUUUGCUUGGUAAUCCAGCGACAGACAAAAAAUUUGAUGUCAAUUCAAGAGUUCCAUUUGCUCAUUGUAUGGCAAUUAUUCCUGAUGAGCUUCACGAGAGUGCUAAAAGAAGUUGCAAUGGUGAAUACGUAGGUGUAGACUCCAGCAACAUACAAUGUGCAAAUGAUCUUCAAGCUAUCUCAAAUGGAACAAUUAGAUGGUGGAUAAGAUGUAACACAGACUUACCUUACAAGAGGGAUGUUAAGAGUACAGUAAGCUAUCAUUUUUAUCUCAACCGCAAAGGUUAUCGAGCUCUGAUAUACAGUGGUGAUCAUGACAUGAUCAUUCCAUACAUAGGAACCCAAUUGUGGAUCAAAUCUCUAAAUUUGUCCAUUGUUGAUGAGUGGCGUCAACAGCUGAUUCACAAGGGGAUUCUCAAACCACCUCACAUAUGCUACUGUAAAGGCAAGAGUGCUAUUGCUAUUCAACCAUAA